GGCAUGGGAGCGGGGGCGGCGGCCGGGCGCGCAGGGCUCUGAAGCGGUGGCCCUUGGGGUGCAGGCGGUCGCUGUGUGAGAGCUUCAUUCCCAGGAAGGUGAGCGUGGUGGGUGAUGGGAUGGAUGAAGCCGAGCAGGACCAGUAUGAAGCCCGUCUCAAGGAGCUCUUUGACAGCUUUGACAGCACGGGCACUGGAUCCCUUGGGCAGGAGGAGCUGACCGAUCUGUGUCACGUGUUACAUCUGGAGGAAGUGGCUCCUGGAGCACUGCAACAGACACUUCUGCAAGGCAACCUUCUUGGCAGGGUCCACUUUGACCAGUUUAAAGAAGCGCUGAUCCUUAUCUUAUCCCGAACCUUAUCGAACGAGGACGACUUUCAAGAACCAGAUUCUUCACCUGAAGCCCAGCCCAAAUACAUCAAAGGUGGGAAACGCUAUGGCAGGCGGUCCCUGCCGGAGUUUCAGGAAUCCGUGGAAGAGUUUGCCGAGGUGACUGUGAUUGAGCCUCUCAGUGAAGCAGCCCGGAGUUCACACAUCGCUUCCAAUGACUGCGAUGAGCACUGGAAAACCCAGGACAGCGAGGAAUAUGAAGCAGAAGGCCAGUUGAGAUUUUGGAAUCCAGAUGACUUGAAUGCAUCACAGACUGCAUCGUCCCCUCCCCAGGACUGGAUAGAAGAGAAGCUACAGGAGGUUUGUGAGAAUCUAGGGAUCACCAGAGAUGGCCACUUGAACAGGAAAAAGCUUAUCUCCGUUUGUGAGCAGUAUGGGCUGCAGACUGUCGAUGGCAAGGUGCUUGAAGAGGUGUUCCAUAAUCUUGAACAAGAUGGCACAAUGAGCAUAGAGGACUUUUUCUAUGGCUUAUUUAAAAAAGGAAAAUCUCUUACGCCAUCAGCUUCUACCCCAUACAGACAACUCAAACGGCACCUCUCCAUGCAGUCCUUCGAUGAAAGUGGGAGACGCACCACUGCCCUGUCCGCGAUGACUAGUACGAUUGGGUUCAGAGUCUUCUCCAGCCUCGAUGACGGGCUGGGCUAUGCCUCUGUGGAGCGAGUACUUGACACGUGGCACGAAGAGGGAAUCGAGAAUGGCCAUGAAAUCCUCACGGCCUUGGAUUUUAGCCUGGAUGGGAAGGUCAACCUGACGGAGCUGACUCUGGCCUUAGAAAAUGAGCUCCUGAUAACCAAGAAUGGAACCCAUCAGGCUGCCUUGGCCAGCUUCAAAAUGGAGAUCAGACAUUUACUGGAGCGAGUUGACCAAGUGGUGAGAGAAAAAGAGAAGCUGCGCUCAGAUUUGGAAAAAGCUGAAAAACUGAAAUCUCUCAUGGCCUCGGAAGUUGACGACCACCAUGCUACCAUAGAGCGCCGGAAUGAAUACAACCUCAGGAAGCUGGAUGAGGAGUACAAAGAACGCACUGUAACUUUAAAGAACGAACUCCGGAAGGAGCGAGAGCUGAUCCUGCAGCAGGCUGGCAAACAGCGAUUGGAGCUGGAGCGGGAGAUUGAGAAGGUGAAAACGGAAGAGAACUAUGUCCGCGAUCGGCUCACCCUUUCCCUAAAGGAAAGCAGCCGUUUAGAGAGCGAGCUGUUGGAGACUGGACAGAAGCUGACAGAGUAUGAGAGCCUGACAAGCAAACUGCAAAGGAACUUGGAAAACGUCUUGGCCGAGAAGUUCGGCGACCUUGAUCCCAGCAGUGCCGAGUUUUUCCUGCAGGAGGAGAGAUUGGUACAAAUGAAAAACGAGUAUGAACAGCAGUGCAGGGAGAUGCAAGACCAGAUCGAUGAACUCCAGUCUGAGCUGGAAGAGUAUCGUACUCAAGGCAGAAUAUUUAGGCCUUCUUUGGAAAGCUCGCUGCAUGAGGAGUUUGACAUGAAAAAUGGGGGAAGUGGUGGUGUGGAGCCUGAUCAAGGGCUUGGCUCUGAAGAUUGCAAUCCACUAAAUAUGAGCAUAGAAGCAGAAAUGGUCAUUGAACGAAUGAAGGAACAACACCACAAGGAGCUGCAGCAUCUGAAACAGGAGCUCAAAGACACAAUGAGCCAUUAUGAAAAACUAGUUGAGAUGAAGGCCCACUGUGAAAAGGAGCAAGAAAACAUGGCUAAGAAAUACAAUGAAGAGAGGCAAACCAUGGAAAAGCAAAUAAGUGCCCUUAAAACCCAAAUUGAAGCACUCCAGGGAGAGACAGCGAUGCUCAGAGAGGAACGAGAAAGGAUUGAGUGUAAACGUAACGAGGAGAGAAAUGACUUACAGAUGAGCUUUGAUAAGGAAAAGGCUAAUCUCCAAGAACUGCUGAAGCUAGGACAUGAGGAAGAGCUCCGGGUUAAGCUGGAGCAGGUACAAGAGAGCUUUAACCGAGAGCGGGAGGAGCUGGUUCAGAGCGGUAUUUGGAUGGAAGAAAAGAUGAGAGCUCUGGUGCAGACCCUGCAAGAAGAAAAGGGGGAGGUAGAACGUGGUUUCCAUGAGCAGCUGAAAAGCCUGACAGAAAAGCAUGCUGUUGAGAUGGAAGAGCUGCAACACAAAUUGCUGGAAGAACACCAACAGGAACUCCAAGAAGAAAGGGGAAAAUUGGAAACUGAGUAUAACAGAAGAACAUCUCAAACAGAAACUCAGUUUUCUGUCAACAGACAAACAAUUGUGAACAAGUAUGAAGAAGCACUACGAAAUCUUGAAGAACGCUACCAACGAGAACUGCAAGAACUUGCCGAGCAACAGUGUGAGGAGAAAUCUCAGUGGGAAUUUGAAAAGGAUGAAAUCAUCCAGGAAUGCACUGAAGCCCAAGAGCAACUGAAGGAAACGCUGGAGAGCAAAAAGGCCAUUUCUUUUGUCCUAACACAGGAAAGAGAACUCCUAGAGAAGAAUUUCAAGGAGCAUGUGAACAAGCUAAUGUGUGAAAAGGAACAGCUCCAGAAAGAGCUGCAGGACCUGAGAAAUGCUGCUGAAAAACAAGAGGAUGAGUUGCAUAAUAAAAUUUUGCAGCAGCAAAAUGAUCAUGAAAGAGAGCUAAAAGACAGAGAACAACAAAUGUCUGUGGUAGAGGAAAAAAGGAAGCUGGUUAGCCAAAGGCUUGAAGUGCUUGAGACUGCAUAUGAACAAGAGAGAUACAAACUGAAUUUCAAACUUCUUGCUUUAGAGGGUUUAAACAAAGAGACCCAUGAAAGAGCAGAAAAAGAGAAGGCACAGAUGAGUUUGGAAAUCGUAAAGCUUCAAGAAAAAAUAAAAAAAUUGCAGCAGGAAACCUUUGAUUUUUCCAAACUGCAGAAUGAUUACAAUGCCUUGGCAAAUGAAUAUGCAGAAGUGAAGAGCAAGGUUUCAGCACUGUCUGGCAUGCAACAAUUGGGAGAGGAUGGAGAGGUGCAUGAGCAGGCUGUGAAGGAAAAUGUGAAAAUGGCUUCUGAGAUUGUCAGGUUACAGAGACUGGAGCAAGAGCCAAGGAAACUUUCCAGUUUUGACCAAUCAAAUUCUGAGAUGGAAGAAUCUCAGGUGCAAGACAGGAUAGAGCAAAUUGAGGGUAAUAUUCUCAAAAAUCUGCAAGAUGGUUGUAAAGAGACAGAUCACGGAGCAUACUUGCUUGUUCUUUCAUUGUUGGAGGCUAAAACUAAGGAGCUUGAAGAAAUGGUUGAGGCUUAUUCCAGCCUAGAGCAGAUGUAUGAAGACACUAAGGUAGAGAACCAUGCCCUGAAAAUACAGAUUGGUCAGCUUCUGGAAAAUAUAAUGGUAUUGGAAGCAGAAUAUAAUGAAGCUAAUGACAAGAAGCAAGAUCAGGCUUCCAAAGUGUCUGUGCUGGAAAUGAAACAGACAGAGCUUGAGAAAAGCUUUGAGGUGGUUCCCAAGUUGAAGAUGUUCUAUGGAGAUGUUGAGAAAGAGAAGGGAUGUUUUCAGGAAGAUAGCAAGGUGGCAAAAAUAACAUCUGAUCAUGCUACAGACCAUAAAGUUUCUAGGCUACAGGCUGAACUAAAGAAGGCUGAGGAAAUAACUGAAGCUUCUGUUCAACUUGAGCAGAUCUGUGGAGCAACUGAAGAGAAUGGACAGCUGAACAAUCUAGUACCUCAGCUUUGGAAAAAGAUUGAAGAGCUAGAAGAAAGAUCAAGGGCACAAGCUAUACUUCUAUCAUUACAGGAAGAAAUCCAGCUAGAAAACAAAGGCCUGAAAUCUGAAAUGAUAAAGUUGUUUGAACAAAAUAAAAAACUUGAAGAGGAUGUACCACGACUUACAAGCCUGCAGCACAGGUUAGAAGAAAGUAAUCAAGAAAGUGUCAAACUCAGGCAAGAAAAAACACAGCUCCUGGAAAAAGUUCAGGAACUGGAAUAUGCCUGUGACCAAUCUGCACAAGAAAAGAUAGAGAUGCACAGUGAGAACUUAAGACUGCAGCGCAAACUUGGAAAACUGGAAGAAUAUACUUUAACAUUUAAAGUCCUGCAAGACAAACAUGGCCAAUGUGAGACCACGAUAGAAGACCUGGCAGCGGAGAAACGAGAGCUACAAGAGCUGAGCAGGAAGCUGAAAGAGAAAGUUACUUCUCUGGUUAAGCAAAAAGACAUGCAUUCUCAAGAAGAAAAAGAGUUGAAUUCAACAAUACAUGAUUUGCAAAGCACAUGUAGUGAGCUGCAGCAAAAAGUUGAACUCCUGAGAUGUGAGGCUGAGAAGCUCAGAGAAGAAAAUGCUAUUCUGAAGAAUGAAAUAACCCUGUUAAAUGAGGAAGGUAGUGUUUCUAACCUGAAACUAAGGGAGCUAAAUGGAUCUCGAGAAGAAAUGUGGCAAAAAAUAGAGGCUAUAAGAAAGGAGAAGGUAGCUGUGCAGAAGAUGGCUGACAACUUGAGAAAACAGGUAUCAGAUUUGAAAGACAGGAAUCAGCAGCUUGACUUUGAAAAUGUAGAACUUAGUCAAAAGAAUUCAAAAAACCAAGCAGAUGUGCAGGAUCUUAAUCAACGGCUGGCAAGAAUCCUCAGGCAAAAAGAAAAGGAAGUGGGGAAAUGUACACUUGAAGAAUGGGAAAGGGAGAGAUGGAAGCUGAAAGAGGAACUGGAAAACUGUCAAGUAAAGUCUUCAACUCUGGUGUCUUCUUUGGAGACCGAGCUAUCUAAAAUCAAGGUUCAAAUUCGUUUACUGGAGCAGGAAAACCACCUCCUCAGGCAGGAACUGGAGAAGACCAAACAGCUGCCCAGAUGUCCUGAUCUAUCUGACUUCCAGAAUGAAAUUUCUAGUGUAAUAACUAAAAAUGAAAAGCUGCUUAAAGAAAGAGAGGCCCUCAGCGAGGAACUAAACAGAUGUGUUGAUAAGGUAGCUAAAGUGAACUUCUUAGAGAAUGUUAUUGCCAGCUUGAAGCAGGAGCAAAAGUCCUGGGAACAACAAAGUCAGACACUGAAAGUGCAGCUCACAGUCUCCCAAGAAAAGGUCCAGAGUCUAGAUGAAGCUCUACAAAAUAUCAACCUUCAAAUGUCACGGCUAAAAUCAGACCUACGGGUGACCCAGCAGGAGAAGGAGGCUCUGAAACAGGAAGUGAUGUCACUACACAAGCUACUGCAAAAUGCCAAUGAUAAGAAUCGGGUUCUAGAACUGGCUGUGCAUUCCUCAGGGCUGCAGAACCAGCAGAAGAAGCUGCACUGGGAUGAACUCGAGCAGCUGAUUAAACAGGAGCAGCAGCUGCUGAGGCAAGAGAAUGAGAGGCUCCAGAGAGAGGUCCAGAACACUAAAACAGAUCUAACUCAUUCCAGGGAAAAGAUCCGGCAGUUGGAAUCUGCGAUCCUUUCCAUGAAGCACCAAAAACAUCAAAGCCAAUCUGGUAUUGUGAAAGCCAUAGAGCAAGAGAAAUUAAGCUUGAAGAGGGAGUGUGAACAGCUUCAGAAGGAAUUGUCUUCUGCUCACAGGAGGAUCAGUCAGAUGAAUUCACUUGAGCGUGAAUUGGAAACCAUCAAUUUGGAAAAUGAAGGGCUAAGAAAAAAGCAAGUCAAACUGGAUGAACAACUAAUGGAGAUGCUACACUCGAGCUCCAAUGUGAUGCGUAGCCAAUCCCAGCAUUCUCGGGAGCUGCAGCAGCUCCAGCAGCAAGCCUGUACUAUGGUGCCCAAGGAGCAGUUCCUGCAACUCCAACAUCAGCUACAGCAGGCAGAGAGGAGGAGUCAACGACUACAGGAGGAACUUGAAAAUAGACCCUCUGAAACAAACAUGCCUCAGGGGGGCCAUGCUCAGCUUCUAAAGAUGAUGGAAGAACGUAUGAUGGAUGUUGAGCAGAAAUUGAAGCUUGUGAAGAGGCUUCUCCAAGAUAAAGUGAACCAACUGAAAGAACAACUCUCCAAGAAUACUAAAGCAGAUGCAAUGGUUAAGGAUCUCUAUGUUGAAAACGCACAAUUGCUGAAAGCUCUGGAGAUGACAGAACAGCGACAGAAAACUGCUGAGAAGAAAAACUACUUCUUAGAAGAAAAGAUUGUCAACCUCAGUACGAUAGUAAAGAACCUGGCAUCACCGUCUUCAAAUUCUACUCCUCAGCUAAGGUCAUAGCAAAGCCAUAAGUAUAUUCAGAAGCUCUCUUGCACUUUACUGAAAUGUUAAGAUUUCAACUUCUCACUGUGCUGCCUUUUUGUAUUCUAGAUGUUAGUUAACAGAGAUCCCAAAGUACAUAGUUUAAAGUUAAAACCUAAACUGAUAGCUGCCAACAAACUUCUGGUUGUGUUCCUAAACCACCUUCCUGCCCAGUUUUGUUAAAAACUACCCUAUUCAGGAUUGUAGAAAAGACUUGAAUCUGUGAUUCUAUGUAACUUAACUUAUUUUAACUGCUUUAUUUUUAAAUAUAUACUCUGGUUUUAUUGUAGUGAAUUAAUUUGGUAACUCAUGUCUACAUUGAAACCUAGGUCUAAGGGGAACCUUUGCAACUUAGGUCUCAGUUAGGCUGCAAAUAGAUUCUGGAGUUUCCCUAAAGCAGUAUGCUUCAACUGAUGCACUAGGUUCUAGCCCGUUCAUCAGUGGCUGUUUCUUUCCAGGGUUCAGCUUCCCAAUGGUGGUUAAAACUUGGUAAAUCGAAUGCUGCCAUUUAACUAAACAUAGCAGUUUCUAAUUCUGCAAAAUGUCCCAUGUGGUGAGUGUGAUAAUGACUUACACAGCUGCAAUUAAACACUCCUUUAAAAAUAUGUUGGGGGCCUUCAAUUAAAACAGAGGAACAAUCUCCAAACAGAAAGUGAUGUGGCUUCUACUUGAAUAUUUAACUAGGCAAAGCACUGAAAUGUAUUUAUGGAAUAAACCUGUAUUGGCAGGAGAAUGGAGAAGAGGACCUACAUAAACUUUAGUCUGUAAUAUCUAUGGCAAUGAUCCUGCAAUGGGUUCUACUAACAUAGAUCUCUGAUGACCAUACAAACUUCUUUUGGUGUCAGUGGGACUGUACAGACAGGUCUUUGCUAAUGGAUCCUGCUACAGGAUCUGAGUUUGUGAUUGUAAGGUUAUGUUUGAGGUCACCUCAGCAACUUGGAACGAUAGCAUAAACUAGCUUCCUGCACUACUAUAAAUAUGGAACUUAAUGUCUGUGUAUGAAGAUAACCACUUAUUCAAGCUUUAAGAAACCUUGUCUAUGAAAAGAAUGAUAAACCAAACUGUAUUAUCUAAUACGACGAGAUAAAAAUAGACUUAAGACUAUACGAUUUUUAAAAUGUGAAUUUAAUACUGGUGAGAGGGGCCAGGAUAAGACUGGAAGAUGUUGUGAUUGGCACAAUCUAUAUGAGGGCUUGAAGGAUCAAUUGAUCAAGAUGAGGGGGGCCAGUUUGGCAGCCAUAGUGGAAUUUGGAGGAAGGGUUAAAAAUGUUCAAACUGUGUAUUCAAACCCUUGUCUCUGAGACUGCCAACAAGGUGCCAGUUACGGUAGUAUUUGUGACAUGCAGCUGUCUACUAGGAACUGAAAUGAGACUGUCAAUUCACUUGCCACAAGCCACUAGCCAGCCUGCAGAGAAUGACUUUCAGUUUAUACUGAUUUAGCCAGGUAAAGCACUGAUUUAGAAAGCCAGUGAAGCACUGUCAAGACUGUUGUACCUAAAAAGUUACCUAUUCAUUGGCGGGUGUAGGGAUUGGAUAAUAAAUACCUGGUGUGACCCUUUCCUUGUACUGCCAGUCGGCUCAAUUCCUUUAUGCAGACAAUAUUGUGAAUGUUACAAGAAUCCAGAGAGAUUUGUUUUCUUCCUGUGUACAGGAAUGGAGCAUAAGGACACGGCAGAGAAAAUAAUCGCCAUGAAUGCAUGUCCUAUGAUAGAAAAUUCUGCACCGUUUCCCUGUUGAAAGGGUGCAAUGAAUAUACAGAGUUUUAUUUAAAAACAAAAAUCAGCUUGCAGUGUUUACAUUUUAACUCUUAAAACUGUAAAAAGAUUUGUUCAAUAUACCUUUAAAAGGUAGACCAAUUACAAUGAUAGCACAAACAUAUCUAGCACUACACAAAGCAAGAAAACCUUAGUUCGAAAUUAUUUCAUGACUGUACUGUGCUGUCUCUUUCCACUCUCCAUCUUCUUUCUUGGUAGAUGACAAGCUCUAACGCUUGCAUACACCAUGUUUACAUUGACUGCAGAAGCGGUCUUUUAUUAUUGCAAAUUACAUUGAAGUAAAUUGGUGUUCCCUUUUUAAAUUCCGAAGAGUAUAAGUAUUUUGCUU